AUGGGUGAACUUACAACCGGUACCGGUUUGCAUCAAGAACUUAGUCUUAUAAGAGUCGGUGAUACUCGUUGGGGAUCUCACUACAAAUCUUUUAGCAAUUUUAUUCUUAUAUUUGGAUCUAUUGUUGAUGUUCUUGAUGCACUUGUUGUUGAUGCAUAUUCUACCGAUGAAAAAGCUAAGGCUACAGGAUAUCUCGAAACUUGUCAAACAUUUAAGAUUGCUUUUAUGCUGCAUUUGAUAAGAGAUAGCUUAGGAAUCACAGAUGAGCUCAAUAAAUCCUUGCAAAAGAAAGAACAAGAUAUUGCAAAUGUUAUGCUACUGGUUGAAGUAGCAAAGAGAAGGUUGCAAAUGCUAAGAGAUGAUGGAUGGGAUGCACUUAUUAAUAAGCUUCAAGAACUCAAUGAUCAUUUCAAUGAGGUGACUACUGAUUUGCUUCAUGGAGUUGCUUGUUUGAAUCUAGUUGACUCAUUUUCUAGUUUUAACAUCAGAAAAAUAAUGAGAACAACUAAGUUAUAUCCUGAUGACUUUGAUGAGUUUAGUAUGAGUGCUCUUGAGAAUCAACUUGCCACUUACAUUAUUGAUGUUCGUGAUAUGGAUGAAAGGUUCUCCAAUUUUAAUGGACUUUGUGAUCUCUCAAGAAAAUUAGUUGAGACAAAGAAGAACCUAAACUUUCCUCUUGUAUUCCGCUUAGUGAAAUUUGUUUUGCUUUUACCAGUUGCCACUGCAUCCGUUGAAAGAGCUUUUUCGGCAAUGAAGUUUACUAAAAAUGCCUUGCGGAAUCGGAUGAAUGAUGAGUUUUUGAGCGGUUGUCUAGUUCCUUAUGUAGAAAAAGAUGUAUUUAUUAAUAUUUCUAAUGAUACUAUUGUAAAAACAUUUCAAGAGAUGAAACUGCGUCGAGUACGGUUGUAA